AUGGUUGUUUAAAAUUUUAAAGAAUAAAUUUCAAUUUCUAGAAAUAAGAUAUUUUCUUAGUGCAGACUAUUUGAAUAAAAAUCCAGCUUAAUUUAUUCAUAUGAUGUUUCUGUGUUGAGUUAUGAGUGUUUUAUAUGUGAAAUUCAGGCAGGAAAAUAUUUUGAAAUUCAUAAAAAGCAAUGCUAUUAAUGCCCCGAUAACUGCUAUUAUUGUAAUAACAAUUAUGAAUGUUUAUCUUGCAUGCCAAACUUUUCUAUGGUAAAUAAUUUAUGCUCAUCUUCAGAAUUAAUUAGCUAAAAAAGAUAAGAUUAAAUAAAGCCUGAUUGUAUUUAUUGUGACUGUAAAAAAUUUAAUUAAAACAAUGAAUGCUUAUAGUGCCGCUAAUAUUGCGAGUAAUUAAAAGAAUAAACAGUUGAGGAUGAAAGAUAAAUUUAAUAAUAAAAAAUAUCAAACCCCUUUAUUAAAAGAUUUUUACCUCAAAUGUCUGUUUAAUGCACUGAAAGUAAUAUAGGUUGCUCAAAAUGUGUUUAAUAAUAUAUUACUCGUUUCCUCUUAUAGAAUCAAAGAAACCUUCAAUUCCCUAUUUUAUGCUCAGAAUGCUUUUCAUCUUAUUAUUUUAAAUCAUAAACUUCUUAAUGUAUACCUUGUCCAGAUGGAUGCUAUUCUUGCACUUCCAGUGGCUGUGUAUAAUGCUAAGAAGGAUUUUUUCUUGCGACUGAUGUUUGUUAAUAAUGUGGCUAAAAUUGCAACUGCGACUAGACUAGCAGUUGUAAAUCAUGUUAAGAAGGCUAUUUCUUAUAGUCAACAAAUGAAGGAAAUACAUGUGUAACAUGUAACCCAUCCAACUAUGAUCCAAUUAAUUUAUAAUGUAUAACUUGCUAAAGCAACUGUACAACUUGUAAAUCAAUAAAUAAAUGUGUUUUGUGUGAUUCUGGUUAUUAUUUACUAGGUAUAAGUUCAAAUACAAAUUAAUGUGUUCUCUGUUCUGAAUCAGGUUAUUACGCUGACUCUAUCAAUAACAAGUGCAUUUAAUGUGAUAAUAAUUGCUCAACUUGCGAUUCAACAAAUAACUGUACUUCAUGUAAUUCAGGAUAUUUUUUAUUAACAAUAAGUAAUACAAAUUCAUGUGUUAGCUGUUCUGGACCAGGUUAUUAUGGAGAUACUACCAGUAAAUUAUGUAUUAAAUGCUAAAAUAAUUGCUAAGCAUGCGAUUCAUCCAAUAGCUGUAUUUCAUGCAUUAAUGGAUAUUUUUUAUUAACAUCAAGUAAUUCAAAUUAGUGUGUUGAUUGCUCUGGACCAGGCUAUUAUGGAGAUCCUAGCUCACAAAAAUGUAUAUAAUGUUCUAAUUAUUGUUAAACCUGUGAUUCAACAAAUAGCUGUACCUCAUGUAUUACAGGAUACUAUUUAUUAUCUAUGAAUGGUAUUAAUACUUGUGUUACUUGUAAUGGAUUGGGGUACUAUAAGCAAGUAAUAACAUAAACAUGCAUAAAAUGUCCGAAUAACUGUUUAACGUGUGAUUAAAAAGGUAGCUGUACUUAAUGCAUGCAGUUUUAUUUUUAAAACUUAAAUGCAUAAAAAAUAUAUGAUUGCUAAGCUUGUAAUUCAGAUUGCUACUCUUGUAAUGGAAAUACAAACAAAGAUUGCAUUUAAUGUACUAAUUCUAAGUACAUUGAUACAAUUUCUAAAAUUUGUGUAAUAUGUGAUACUUAAAAAAACUAUAUUUAAGGAAAUUACUGUAUAAAAUGUGAUAACUCAUGUUUAGGAUGUAAUGGAGCUACAAAUUAAAAUUGCUUAGCUUGUAAUUAGGGUUAUUAUAAAGAUAACACUAAUUCUUGUUAACCCUGCAAUAGUACUACAAUAAACAAAUCUUAAAUUGAUUUACUAACAUUAAGAUGCUAAAAAUUAAUUUACAAAUGCUAAAUAAAUCCUAAAAGUGGUUUACAUGAAAAUACUGCAAUCUGUGAGAACUGCCAAGAGUAAUUUAUUUUAUCUAAUAAUUAAUGUGUUAAUACUUGUGAAGAUUUAGGAGACAAAUUUGUAUUUGAUUACAAUAAAAAUACAUGCGUUUGCUAAAAUACUUAUCCUUAUUUGCAUGUGAACAACUAAGACAAAAUAUUUUGCUCAUAGUUUAUAGUUAAUGGAUAUUAUUGUAAUUCAAAUAAUAUAUGUUAUGAGUGUAAUAAAAACUGCCUUUAAUGUUCAGAUAGUAGAACUUGCAUCUAAUGCAACUAAAAUUAUUUUCUCUGGUAAAAUUAGUGUUUAGAAUAAUGUCCUAAUAAUAUGACCGAGACAGUUGAUUCAUCAGGUAAUUUAAAAAUGUGUGCUUGUGAGCAAGGAUAUUUUUAUAGUACUUAAGCUCAACAAUGCAUUUAAACUUUACAAGUAGUUUCUAUCAAGAAAAAAUCAGAUAUAUAUAAUAAUUUGAUAUUUUAGCUAAAUAGAGUUCCAAUGUAAUCUGAAUUGUAAAACCUAAACUUAACUAUAGAUCAAUAAAAGCUAGUUAAAGGAAAUGAUUAUACCAUUGAAUCAUAUUAAAUCUAAAAUGAUUAAGUAGUAUUUAAUGUAUAAGUGCCAAAAAAUAGAUAAAUAUCCAAUAUCAAUAUAUCUUCGAAUGAGCUAAAUUUUUCAUUUAAAGUGAGCAACAUAAUUCUAACUACUAAAACCUACAACUAAAGCUCAAAAUACACUGAUGGCUUUAGCUAAUAAAUGAAUUUAUUUAGUUAGACACUAGCUCCAAAGGAUGACUCUUAAAAGGCUUUGUUAUUUAUUUUGAAAAACUUCUAAUUAUUUUGCUUUAUGUCAAAUUUCAUUUAAAUAUUUGGUGCAUUGAUUGUUGUUAAAUAAUAUCUACCUACCUAACUCUAAGACUGCUUCAUUUAUGGGGCUUCUUUUAUAUUUGAAAAAGUUCCAUCAUCUGAAGAUAUACCUAUAUUUUAAAUUAACUCAAGUAAAAUUGAUCAAAACGAAUAAAUAUUUUAAAGUCUUAAUCUUAACCUUAAUAUUUUUAAAACAUGUGCUAUGACUCAUCUAGAAAUAUGA